GUCUCUUUUUCUUCUCUUUAUGCUUUCCCGUACGCCAACGUCAGUGCGUGCACCUACCUGGCAAGCCAAUCUGUUUUUCAUGCCCAUUAAAGGAUAGCAGACGAUAGCGAACCUUACCCUGAGGGUCCUUCAACAACUUCGGCAUCAAAAAAUUGAGGAUCAAUCCUCUUCUCGCUUUUCCCCUUCACUCCCGAGUCCCUUCACUUCUUCCAAGUUCCUUCACUUCCAAGUUCCUUCACUUCCAAGUUCCUUCACUUCCAUUCCCAUUUCCAUUUCCAUCUCCUCUUCCUUCCUCAAGAUCCAUUCGCCCCACGCACACGCACUCCAUCCAUCAAUCACCCAAACGGUCAAGCACCCACCGCAACGAGUACACCAUACCUACCCUACCUACUGACUGAUAUAUCGCGAUCCAUCCAAUCGAAAACGUGAGAGAAUAAUCCGGUUAUACCUAGUUCCAGUUACAAUUCUGUUUAUUCCGCACUCACCUUCAGGGCUUGUUUUUUAUCUCAUCUAAUUCACUCAAUAUACCAAAAAUAACUCGGCAUAAUAUUUUGGAGGAGGGAGAUAUUGUAGUCUUACUACAAUACUACUGGGUAGUCUUACUAUAUACAGCACCCGCCUACUUGUAAGAGAUAUUGCGAUUCAAAUCAGAGACCCGAACCCCCGAACCCCCAAACUCCCAAACCCCCAAGCACCCACACACCCAAACACCGAGACCUCAAAAUCAACCUCAAAACCAAAAUCAAUUCUCAGCAAAAAUUCAUCAUCAAUUAAUUACCUGCUGAAAGGCCUCUGAAGAAAAGAAUCAUCAAUCCAAAAGAGUUGAUCACCCUACGAGGUAUUUAUUUAUUUAUUUUAUUUCAUAUUCCGAAUUCAUCAGCACUGAUUACUUCUGCCUUCUGCCGGGACCUAAAUUAACGUUGCCUCUGCUCUUUACUCACUCACUCCCUAGUAGGUACUCCGUACUUUUCGAUCCUUCUUAAUUACUAGUUCCCCGAGCGAGUCCAGAUCCGUCGCCCAUUUUGGUUUGCAUGUCUACCCACUAGACUACCCAUCAAAGCCGCCCGCCGUCUUAUCAACAACGACCAUCCCCGAAUCAUUUUAAAAUUUGACAACCCAGACCUAAAUCUCUCAUCCGUCGAAGAAAGAGACGCUUCCCAAAGUCCCAGUUCCUAGUUCCUUGGAAGCUUUGCUAUUUGACACUACUAUUUGACACUACCGUACGCCGUACUUGAGUGGUUCUUCAACAACGAUAAACAACAACAACAAACAUACCUACCCUACUGCCUACUACCUACUACCUAGUAGCCAAAUCAAAUUAUACAGGUACCUGACCUUGCUUCAAGGUUAUUCUUGGCUUGCCUACCCUACACUCACUCACUCACUACCUUCUACUGGUAUCCAUCGACGGAUUUAAUUCUCGUUAAGACGUUACCAUAUUUUACCUAUCCUAGGUAAUAAUCUCAAAUACAUACUUUCGUACCCGAGAUCCUUAAACUCUUCUUCAAUUACACUACACCGUCGCCUUUGGCGAUUAGAAAACAUCAUUCACAAUUGCUCCUCCAGUUUGGCCCUUGAUGAUGUGUUUCGGCAGCAGGGAGGAUGUCGAGGCUAAGAGGUCUAAAGAGAUAGACGCUCUUAUCCACAAAGAUGAGAAGGUUAUGCAACGGCAAGUCAAGUUGUUACUAUUGGGUAAGUUGUCGCAUCCUCCACAACUCGGUAGAACCACAAUCGAAUCGGAGCAUUCGAACUCUUCCGAGCCUCACGAUCUAAAGAUGAGAAUAGUACAUGCUAAUUAUUACUAUCGGCAGGCGCCGGAGAGUCUGGAAAAUCAACUAUCCUGAAGCAGAUGAGAAUUAUUUACACUAAAGAGGGUUUCUCGAAAAACGAAAAGGAAGAAUGGCGCAUUAUCAUCUUUCACAACAUCUUAGAUGGAUUGAGAAUGACAGUAGAGGCGAUGACCGAUUUCAACAUUCCUUUCGAAAACAAAAAAACCAGUGUAGGUUUAUGCGCCAACCCACUUUCAUGUUUGCAAUCAACUAUCGAAAAAGCAAUGGCUAAUCAUUUCAUUCGCAGGAAUAUGUCUCCAUGAUCACAGAAGAAAAGGACCUUCGGCCACUCGAGCCAAUUCCUUUCGAAUAUCUUAAAGCAUUCAAGGAUAUGUGGGCGGAUCCAGGUAUACAGAAGGCCAUUGAUAGAGGGAAUGAGUUUGCUCUACACGACAACUUGGGCUAGUAAGUGUUCCUCCAGCUCUGCGGAACCUACAUUUCUAACUUCUGUUCCCAGUUUCUUCGAGGAUUUAGACCGUCUCUUCAGCAACGAGUUCGUCCCGACGGAUCAAGAUGUUCUUCGUGCAAGGUUAAGAACCACAGGUAUAACCGAAACAAACUUCGAUCUCGGAACCUUGAAAUACAGAAUGUUCGAUGUUGGAGGACAAAGAUCGGAACGAAAGAAAUGGAUACAUUGCUUCGAGAAUGUCAACGCAUUACUCUUUCUGGUUUCCAUCAGUGGUUACGAUCAAUGUCUAGCUGAAGACAAGGAUGGAGUAAGUCACAUAUCAGCUCCACUGAUCAUUUUACGCCAGUGGCGACUAACACUAUUCCAGAAUCAAAUGCAGGAAGCUUUAAUGCUUUGGGAGUCAAUUGCCAACUCUCAUUGGUUCAAACACUCUGCAUUAAUCCUCUUCUUGAACAAGAUUGACUUGUUUAAAGCGAAGCUUAGUCACAGUCCAAUCACCAAGUUCGGCUUCUCCGAUUUCCAAGGAGAUACUACAAGCUGGCAACAGACAUCGAAAUAUUUCAUGGACAAAUUUAUCGCCUUGAACCGAAGCCCUGGACGUGAAGUUUAUGGCCAUUUUACAAAUGCUACCGAUACCGAUCUCCUCAAGGUCACUAUGGCUUCCGUGCAGGACAUGAUUAUACAGAGAAAUCUUCAAAAGUUGAUCCUUUGAUAAUUAACCACUGUCUGUUCGGAGCCAAGCCUUUAAGAUUCCCCCUUCCAGCACAAGCACGACCCCUCCCUCAUCUGAGCAGCACAGAACCCCGUUAAUAAAAAUAUGGCCAUUCGCUGCGGUGGUUAUUAGUUUAUCUUGAAAAUAUCGCAGCGCAUUCGCUUUUGGUCUUUAUACAAAAUGUCCCAGCGACGUUGGUCAAAAGUUCCAUCUUACACCAUAUAUGGAGCAAAAUUUCUCUUCACCAAAAUACCCACACUUCUUUUCACGUGUUUUAUUCCUUUCCUUUUUAAUUUAUUUUCUUUUCAUUUGGAGCAGGAGAGAGAUUUUUCCGAGCAUUUUCGAAUAUCAAACGGUUUGUAUAAUAAAUUAACAAACCUAAAUUUCUUCGUUGUUCACACACAAUUUCUCUGUUGAUCAGAUAAUCGGCGGAGUGUGCCAUUCUACUUUUACUUCUCACCUGAGGAUGCACGGUACAUACAACUCGCAGCUAGGCUUUUGUGCAAUUUGGGACGAGUGAUGGUGGAGGGAGUUUCAAUAUGGCAGGGAGGGAAUGAGAACGAAGGUUUCGAUCUACUAUUUUAAGGAUGGAUAUUGAUUGAUUGGAAUGAAUAAAAUGAAUUUGGGGAUGGGAUCUCUUUCUGGGUUUUCAUGCUGUUAAUGGCUUGGUCAAUCUUUCUUUGGUGGUCGUUAGCCUGUUUAUAGAUUCAAGGAAGCAGAGAGAAUGGGUGAUAGGGGAAUGAAAAGGUAUGGAGCAUCUGUGCCACUACAUAUUGAGGGAAAUGGAGCAGUGGUGGUGAAAAAAGAAUAGUGAGCAGUGGUGGUGGAGGAUUAAAAAUAUGAUUUGGAGCGAGUGAUUGAUUGAUUGAUUGAUAAAUGAAAUACAUACCAAUUCAACUUGUGCAUGAGUGUUCAUGAUAAUAUCUCUCUUUUUGGAUUCCAUUUUAUA